CAGUGUUAGGAAGAAACAGCAGAAGCAAUAGUUUAAGAAGCAAUAGUUUCGCUUUUGCUUUCCCAGUAAGGUCACACCUUAAAAACAGGGGAAUUUACUCUCUGAAGCUCUGUGUGUGUGUGUGUGUGUUUGUGUGUCCUGUUGCCCGACGGAACAGUGGACGUCUUGUUUUGAGAAGUUUAUCUACAAUCAUCUACAAUGUCUGCCAGUGGUAUUCUUCCACUCACAGAUGAAUCAAUUCAGAUUAUGGGGCAGCAUUGCACUGCCUUUUCGAAUGCUGCAAAGGCAAAAUUUGGCUGUACAGCUGUGGCCCGCAAUAUGGAACGAUAUAUGGAUUUCCCCGCUGCAUCAACCUCUGGCAGAAAUAAAGAGGCUGAUAUUAGGUACACUAAACAGCUAUCUGGAGGCAUGAAGAUAUCAGUGUGGAAAGAUGACCUCACCACUCAUAAAGUGGAUGCUGUGGUCAAUGCGGCCAAUGAGCAGUUAAAUCAUGGAGGAGGUCUUGCUUUAGCUCUGAGUCGGGCUGGGGGUCCUGAAAUCCAACAAAUGAGUGACCACUUUAUACAGACAAACAAACGUGUUCAUACAGGAGAUGCUAUUGUCACUACAGCUGGAAAGCUUCCUUGUAAAAUGAUCAUACAUGCGGUUGGCCCCUCUGUGCCCUACAAUCCCUCAGCGAAAGACGUUUCUAAUGCCAAGCCUUUCCUGGAGAGUGUUAUAUGGAAAAUCAUAACACUUGCUCAGUAUAACAAUCUGCAAUCAGUUGCAAUUCCUGCUAUUAGCUCUGGCCUUUACAAUUUUCCACGAGACAUCUGCGCAGACAUCAUAGUGAACACUGUGAAGUCGGCCAGUGAUACACAACACCCACAGUCCACAAGCUUAGAAGUUCGUCUGGUGAAUAAUGAUGACCCCUCCGUUCGGGAGAUGCUGAGAGCUUGUCAACAAAUUCUGGGACCAUCAGCCACACAAAGUGGGGCAAUACAAAGCCAGAGCGUCUCAUCAGCCACGUCUUCACAGCCCAUUCUGGAGCUGGGGAAUGUGACUCUCUGCCUCAAAAAGGGAGAAAUUCAAGAUGAAACAACGGAUGUCAUUGUAAACCCAAUAGGGGGUGACCUCAACUUGUCAAAAGGUUUUGUUUCUCGUGCUAUACUGAAUAGGGCUGGCAAAGAGAUUCAAAAUGAAGUAAUAAAGCACUUGUCUAAGAUCCACAAUAAUGGUGAUGUUAUUGAAACCAAAGGACAUAACCUGAAAUCCCGGGCGGUCUAUCAUGCUAUCUGCAAUGUGCAACAGUCCAAUACCCAGAUUCUCAACAAAGUGAUCACACAAUGCCUUAAAAUGACAGAGUGGCAUGGAUUUUCGAGCAUAUCUUUUCCUGCUAUUGGCACUGGCAAUCUUGGAUUUAGCAAGGAAGAAGUUUCUCAAAAAAUGAUUGGAGCAGUGGCAGAAUUUGCAAAGAAAUAUAACGGCAAGAAAAAGAAUGUGUUCUUUGUCAUUUAUCCAGCAGACACUGACAAAUUUGAGGCUUUUAAAAAGGAAAUGGCUUCUGCCAUGAAAAAAACUUCCAAAGUUUCCAGCAACACCAACAAAACCAUGUAUAACCAUGAGAUUGGCCCUGGAACAACCCCAUACAUUGAAUUUUUCACUGACUCGUCUGAAGCAUUAAGAGAGGCAAAGGCAUGGGCUGUGAAAGUGCUGCAUAAACAAUCCAGUGAAGUCACAAUGCAGAACAACCAUGUCAUCCAGUUUGGCCAGAAGGAGCAUGAAAUCCUGAUGUCCUACCAGACUGCAUUUAAUGUAUCAAUCAAAGAGGUCUUCAGCGAUGGCAAAUGUGGCAUCUUUAUCAACGGGAAUUCCACAGGAGUCAGCUGUGCAGAACUGGAGGUAGAGGCCAUGCUCUGCAAAGCUCAAGAAGAAUUUGCCCAGGCUGAAGAAAACGAUCUGCUGCACUCUGUGGUCUGCUGGAAGGGUUUCCCAGGCUCAGACAAACCAGAGAUCAAUGCUGCUGUGGAGAAGUCAUACCUUGAAGACAACACUGAUAUAGAUCUUACAGUGAGCGGGCAAAAAGUAAAAAUUGACUUUAGGCGUAUGCGAGUGGACACUCAAACUGGAGGGGGACUGAUCGAUAGAAUAAGUUUUUUCAGUCUCUAUGAUGAGUUGCCAAAGUUGAAAAGCAAAUCAUAUUAUCAAAGGAGUACCAUCAACGAGAAGAGCUAUACUUCAAAAGAAGAUGGUAUGAAAAGAACGUUCUCCAAAAAUGGCCUGGACAUUGUGAAGUUGGAGAAAAUUGAGAACAACGCCCUAAAGCAGGUCUUCGAGCUGAACAAGAGGAGGAUUUCAGCUCAACCAAAGCAGCUGUUCCAGUGUGUGAAAGCACAAUACUGUGAGCUGAUUUCCAGGGUGGGCUUUCAGAGGGACUAUGCACCACCUGAAGAGCAAACGUAUGGAGCUGGAAUAUACUUCACUAAUGAACCGAGGAGAGCUCUGAAGCUGUGGCAGGACAGAGAAGAACAGUAUAUCUACAUCAUCGAGGCUCAGGUUGUCACUGGACGUUGCACAUCACAAGGUUCACCACAAAUGAUUGUGCCUCCUUCUACAGCUGACACUCAGGCCCAGUAUGACAGUGUAUGCAAUGAGGCAAGAGACACGUUUGUCAUCUUCAAUGGCCAACAGGCUCUACCUGAGUAUAUUUAUACAUGUACCAUAAACAAACACUGAGCCAGAUAUAAGCUCAGGGUGAUACUCUGUUAAUACAUUGAGGUGGAGGUUGAUGUAGGCAUUGAUGCCUAGUUGUAGUUGUAGUGCAUUUAUUAUGAGGGGAAAAGUACAUUUGCUGUAUAAUUACAAUUUUGUGUACACUCAUACAAAUAAUCUCAAUGCUACAAUUAACAAAUAUUUUGAUGCUUGAAGGAAGUACAUUUUAGGGGUGAAAUAUGAUUAUGAAUAUGGCAAAUCAAUGGUUAGUAAAAUUUUGGAAAAUGUACAUUUCAGACAACAAUUUAAAUUAAAGCCGUUUGGCACAUCUGUACAUUUUACUAGGCAUAAAUCAUUGAUGGUGAAUCCUUGAAAGAGUCUUUUUUGGAUAUUGCUUUGAAUUUACCUAUACAUUUGCUUUAUUUUGUUUACAGAAAAUCAAAAUGUAUCUUACUUUUACUGUUGUGGGAAUACUUUGAAAUGUUGAUUGUAUUUCUGAUCAUAUUUGAGGUGCAAUGCUGUACUGUUUUGUUUUUCUUUGACAAGAAAUGAGAUGUGUUUUAUUGUGGAUAUAAUGGUGUAUAGAAUAUGGUGCACUCCUGUUCAGCAAUCUUGAUUCAAGAUGUAAAAUUGAAGUAAAUCAGCAGAGAGUUACUUCAGAACAAUGAUCAGUGAUUCCUUUAUUUUCAGAUUUGUUUGUUUGUUUUAAUGUAAGCAAAUAUGUCUUAUUAACAAAAUCCAUCUUAUUCCAUAAAAUAAACAGCAGGCAGGAAGCACGUCUGCAAAUGUAGUCAGAAAGAAGUUUGUAGGUUAGAUUAAUCAUUUACAGAUCUAAUAUGGUAACACAAACAUAGAUUUGGCAUUGUCUGCCAACACAAUGAAACAAAAACAUACAGUACAGUCACACCGUACAGAAUUUGCAACAAUGUGUGGUUUCAGCAAGGUGAGGGUUUCUACUAUUAUUAUAAAUACUGAGGUGUAAUUUUGAUUUUGCUUUUUGAGGUUUGGAAGUUGACUAUAUCUGUAAGGAGAAUUGUGUUAUAUAUUUGUGUUAAAUUUGAAUCAAUAAAAGCACAAUAAUCAAA